AUGGGAACCAUCACGAUGACUGUCAAUAUGACAUAUGCCGGCGAGGUCUUGAGCAACCUCCGACUGAGCCCAAACGUUUAUGCCGCGGUUGCCGACGCAGACGGGAAGGUGGUUGCCAUGAGCCGGCGAGCGCGCGACAUAAUUUUUGUGGACGGCUUUCUCGAAGAAGACCUGCGGAAUCCUGCUGGCAAAGCUCCCUGCAACGCCAAACGACGGACAGACUGCUGGUGGACUCCGCCAUCGCCACUGUCAUUGAAGCACGCAUUGGAGCCGCAGUUCAGCGGCAUCGACUUCCGGAACCUGCUCGAGACAACGUUCAAUGCUUCGCUCCGCAGUGAGCACCUCUGCUCUGUGGGGGUGAGGACCCAAACUUUCCACGUACCCAAGGAUGGGGAGCACUUGGCCGCGUUCUGCAGACUGAUGGCCAACCCAGAGUGGGCCAUCUUUUUGUUUGCGCCGCUGGAGGAGCUGCAAAAUGCAGCCAGAUAUACGGUGGACAAACAGAACAUAACUAAGGACAACGUGGGUAAGAGCGAAGAGGAUUACAAGGACACCAUCACCCUUCACAACACAGGUCGCGUGGAGCUACCCUUCCAGGUCACUGUCAGUCCAGGGAAGGGGGACAACAGCAGCUGUACGACAGUGUCACCGUCCAACGGAACCCUGGCCCCGAAUGCAACAGUGCAGCUGGCCCUGAAUUUUGAUUUGGACGCGUUUGGCUAUGGCACCUCCAGUGGCUGGGUCAUUGUUCACCCAGACACCUCGGACGAUACUGGGGCAUGUUUCCGUAAAAGUACAUGGACGAGAUUUUCCUUAACGCGGCCAAAGCCGCGCGGCUUCCUCAAGGAGGCCAUCAUCCGCAAUGGCAUCCCACUGUCUGUUGCGUUGAUGCUGGCGCUUACGAUGGUGCUGUACCGUGUGGUCAGCUCGCUGCUGAACUCGUACUAUGGAAAGCUGGCGCAGGAGAGAAGCACAAUCGAGAAGGCACUUCAUGCUACCCAAGAGGUCUCUUUCCCGAUGGUCCUGCUCCAGGUGCCGAUCUUCAAGCAGCUUGGAAAGUUUGUGGCCUUCGAGCACACCCUGCCCCAAUCCAUUUGGCUGCACACCAUCCAGGAGAUUGACGACUUUUUGCAGAGGGCCAUGAACAAGGUUAUUUUCAUGUCGCACCAGUGGACGGCAUUUGCAGAACCUGACCAUGAUGGCAAGCAAUAUGAGCAGAUGGUGAUGGCGGUGGAGGAAGUUAUGAAGAAAUGGAAGUGGCAGGAAACCACAACAUACGUUUGGCUCGAUUACAGCUCGAUACCCCAGAGGCAUCGCCCAUCGCAAACCGCUGCCAUCAACUCGCUCACCGUGUAUGCUGCCAAGGUAUCUGCCUUCGUAGUCGUCGCCCCACCUGUGAAGCACAAGGACCUGGAGGAUGAGUGCAACAAAGAUACAUAUCAGUGCCGUGCCUGGUGCAGGGCCGAGCAGCUGUCGCAUCUGCUGGCCCAAGCUGGAGACAACAUGUUUUUGGCAGAGAGUGGCCAGCUGACUCCGCUCAACGAGGCGUGGCUGCAGAAGUCGAUUCAGGUGUUCGGUGACGACAGCCAGCUCACCUGCUGCAGGCGCAAGCAUGAGGGCAUGGAGCUUUGCGACCGCGAGCGUCUGGUCGUGCCCAUGCUCGGCCUUUGGGCCCAGCUUUGUCGAACGGUGAAGGCCGGAAGUGCGAACGAGAAUCUGAAGAAGAUCCACAAGGACCUCUUGAUGUCCGAGGCAGGCGUCCCGAGGAUCAAGAAGAUCUUCCCAGAAAAGUUCAUCUUUGAAACGGAGACCGGGCAGGAGGAGCGCAGCCUGUUUGGGCAGCUCUUGGACAGGCUCCAGGACUCAUUGAACCACGAGCAAGCGCCGGAGAAGGAGAAGCGGAAUUUCAAGGCCCUGGCCACUGCCACCACAGCAGCCACUGCCUUUGCUCGUCGUACCGACCCUCCGGGUGCGGAAGCCGCGGCUUCAGGCAAGCGCUUGAGUCAGGUCUUGGCACCGCCCAAGGUAUAA